GUGGCGAGUGUGGUCAUGGGUUCAAUCAAGCCUCUUAGCUUCUACCAAACAGAUUGUCAUUUUAUGGAUAAGACAGUACCUGGCAACGAGGUUCCUGAGGAGCUGACUCGAGAAUCGCUUAUUGCGAUUUCUUAUUCUCUUCCAGACAAGGAUUCUGAUUCAAAACUCUCAUCUGAAACAUUGAAUGGUGAAAAUCUUGUUGGAGUGAUUGAUAACAAAAGAGAAGAAAAGUACAGGUCUGAGCUGAUUUCUAUUUCCUACACACAAUCACCAGACUCUGGGAGUCAACCUGUUACGCCUGGAGAGCACAAAGGUUAGCCUAGCCUGGACAGCAGGUCCGAUCUUUAUGGCUAGUUGUUGUAUGUUGUGCUGUAGCACUGUCAUAAUAUUAAGUGAAUGGAUACAUGGCGCCUUUACAUGUCUUUCUGGAAGUUGACAUUAUUGCAAAAUAAACCUCACAAAGAAUUCUGCACUGUUUUGAGUGAGGAAGCUUUAUUUGGGCUAAAUGAUAGUGAAACCAUGUACUCAUCUUCCUUGCUA